AAAGUGAAAGUUCGGCCGCUCUACCGCCGCUGCUGCACGAUACCAAAGUGUCUCCAACCCAUAGUCCCAUCCCAUACCGGUCUCCUUCCAUCCUUCUUCCUUUCCAAUUAAAUCUGUAGAAAGAAAAAGGUUUAAAAAAGAAGCUUUCAUUAUUUCAUCGCAUCGCAGGUGCCAUUGCACUCUCUCCUUCACUUUUGCUCCACUUCCUCUACCUUUCGAUUCCCAACUACAAAGUUCAACAACCCCCGAAUCCAAUCUCUUUCUCUCACUAUUUUAAAGGAUCAGAUCGCAUUUACGAGUCUUUUUACGGAGGAAAUCGCAUCUUCCACCGAGGAAAAAUCAUAAAAAUACAGUAAGAAAGGAGGAGAAAAGAAUAGAGAGAAGCUCUAGUCUGAAGUUCGAUUUCGAAUGACAUCUAUCUGAAGUAUAAAUUCUCAAGAAGUAUAAUCUCUAUGUGGAGUUGAUGAUCGAAACAUAUCAGAUCUUGGUGGUGUAGGAAAAGCUACCGGUGGAAGUGAGUUUCAACUGGAUCAGCUGGUGUGGGAAUAUCAUUGUUAUAUUGGUCCAAAAUCAUUGGCGGCGGUUACCAAGCCUUGAAGCUCCUCCUCUCUAUCGGAUAAUGAAAUUUUGGAGAGUCGACUCCUCUUAGCUGUACAUACUAUUUAGAGAGGCCUGUGAGUCUGGCUUUACUUCUCCGGCUCCCUUUUCAAGCUUAAGAAACACAUAAUUUCUGCUUACUAAGGGGUACGAUGGAUCAGCAAGCUCAUGGACAGCCCCCUGUCAUGGGAGUGGUUGGUAGUGGAGCACAAAUGCCAUAUGGUGCAAACCCAUAUCAAGCUAACCAAAUGAUGGGGGCCAACUCCUCUGGAAUUCAAUCUCCUGGUCAGCCAGCAGGUUUCACAGCUUCGCCUGCUCAGCUUGCACAACACCAACUUGCUUAUCAGCAUAUCCACCAGCAGCAGCAGCAGCAACUACAGCAACAACUCCAGUCUUUUUGGACAAGUCAAUACCAAGAAAUUGAGCAGACAACUGAUUUCAAGAACCAUAGCCUACCACUGGCAAGGAUCAAGAAGAUCAUGAAAGCCGAUGAGGAUGUACGAAUGAUAUCUGCAGAGGCACCUGUCAUAUUUGCCAGGGCCUGUGAGAUGUUCAUCUUGGAGUUGACACUGCGCUCAUGGAAUCACACAGAGGAGAACAAGCGGCGGACACUCCAGAAGAAUGACAUUGCUGCAGCGAUUACAAGGACUGAUAUCUUCGAUUUUCUGGUUGAUAUUGUGCCCAGAGAGGAUCUGAAAGAUGAGGUACUCGCGUCAAUGCCCAGAGGGGGAUCCAUGCCUGUUGGAGGUCCAGCAGAACCUCUUCCUUAUUACUAUAUGCCAUCUCAGCAUUCACCCCAGGUUGGAACUCCAGGGAUGAUCAUCGGUAAGCCUGUGGUGGAUCAAGCACUGUAUGCUCAACAGCCUCAUCCUUACAUGUCUCAGCAGAUGUGGCCUCAACCACCACAGCAACAGCAGCAGCAACCACCCUCAGAUUCGUGAUCGGAGAGGACAGUAGCUUUAGCUGUCGAUGGGGAAGAAAGUGGAACCUAUAAUCUGUCCGUGAAAAGUUUGGAGAACAGUGCAAGUGGACAACUAUAUUUGUAAUUGCUUGGUUUUAGGAUACAUAUGUGACUCCAAUGGCUUAUAUAAGCUCAGAGAUGGAAGAAAGCAUGGCAUCGGCUUUGUCCAAUGCCUUCAUCUUAUACUAUGUUAAGAUAAGUUUGUUCCCUUUAGUUAUUCUUCUCCUUUUGAAGAAAGCAUUGGGCUUACUUGUUUUUGCAGGACUUUUGGGACAAAAAAAUCUGACUUCCUCCAAAUAAUUGAUAUCAUUCUCUGGGAAUGAGAUCUCAAUUUACUGUUGGAUGCGA